AUGACAGCCUGGGAACCACCGGACUCCCGACGACGGAGUUUGCACGGUUAUCACUGUCAGGCGAAAAUGGCGGAAGAAAGAGAACCUCCACCGCUGGGAGAUGUUGGGCAGGCAGACUUUGUAGAAGUGGAGGAUGGAGAGGAUCUUUUUGUCAGUACCGUCACUACAAUAGAGCAGCUCAGCCCAACAACCCCAGAGCCUUCCUGCCUGCCUGCGGAAGACAUCAGCACAAACUCAAAUGGACCCAAACAAGAAAUAUUAUUAGAUGAUGACCAAGAGGACCUUUUUGCUGAAGCCACAGAGGAGGUCUCGCUGGACAGUCCCGAGAGGGAGCCCAUCCUGUCUGAUGGUCCAUCUCCUGCCAUCACGCCAGUCACUCCUACAGUCAUAAUCACCCCAAGAGCCGAAGCCUCCAUGUUUGACAGAUCUCUGGAUGAGGAUGAAGACACUGAAGAGAAUGGGGACACCUUUGAUAUGCAGAUAACAGUAUCUGAUCCAGAGAAAGUGGGUGAUGGAAUGAAUGCAUACAUGGCAUACAAGGUGACAACCAAGACAUCGCUGAACCUUUUCAGCAGGAAUGAGUUUUCUGUGAAAAGGAGAUUUAGCGAUUUCCUAGGUUUGCACAGCAAAUUAGCCUCCAAAUACAUGCACAUUGGAUACAUAGUCCCUCCGGCACCAGAGAAAAGCAUUGUGGGAAUGACAAAGGUCAAGGUUGGAAAAGAGGAUUUGUCAUCCGCAGAGUUCGUAGAAAAAAGAAGAUCUGCCUUGCAAAGAUACUUGACAAGAACAGUGACUCAUCCUGCUCUUCUGAAAGAUCCCGACGUCAUCCAGUUCCUGGAGAAUACGGAGCUGCCGCGAGCGGUUAGCACCCAGGCACUGAGUGGGGCCGGAAUAUUGAGGAUGGUAAACAAAGCGGCCGAAGCUGUCAACAAAAUGACAAUCAAGAUGAAUGAAUCGGAUGCGUGGUUUGAGGAGAAACAGCAGCAGUUUGAGAACUUGGACAUCCAGCUCCGAAAGCUGCACGCCAGUGUGGAGUCGCUGGUGUGUCACAGGAAAGAGUUAUCAGUCAACACGGCGUCAUUUGCAAAGAGUGCCGCAAUGCUGGGUAACUCGGAGGACCACACGGCUCUGUCGCGGGCUCUGUCCCAGCUGGCCGAGGUGGAAGAGAAGAUUGACCAGCUGCACCAGGAGCAGGCCUAUGCCGACUUCUACCUGUUCUCCGAGUUGCUAGGCGACUAUGUACGCCUCAUCGCCGCGGUUAAGGGCGUGUUUGACCAGCGAAUGAAAACGUGGUCCAAAUGGCAGGACGCCCAGCUCCUUCUGCAGCGGAAGAGAGAAGCUGAGACGAAGCUGCAGUAUGCCAACAAGCCAGACAAGCUCCAGCAAGCCAAGGAUGAGAUUAAAGAGGAAAUUGAGGAGUGGGAGACUAAAGUACAGCAAGGAGAGAGAGAUUUCGAGCAGAUAUCUAAAAACAUUCGUCAGGAAGUGGGGAGAUUCGAGAAACAAAGAGUGAAGGACUUCAAAGUUGUCAUCAUUAAAUAUCUAGAGUCACUAGUACAUACACAGCAGCAGCUGAUAAAAUACUGGGAAGCAUUCCUGCCUGAGGCCAAAGCUAUAGCGUAAGCUGAGAGACUCCUGUGGAAAUGACUGGGACUGAUGUUCACAAUUUUUGUGUCAUGUACAACGUAAUCAUGCAAAAAAAAAACAAAAAAACAAGAUGCACGGACUUGAUGAGAACUCCUGCCACUCGAAUAAAAACACUAUCAAUCUUUUAAUUGUUCCGUCCCUACUUUUGACCUUUUUUGGUAUCUUAAGAAGAGCACUUCUGUCUUUUGUUUGUUCUCAUGAAAGAAAUUUGGGCAGUAGUAAGAGGUAUUGCACUUGCAGCUUAUUGAUGCACUACUGCUCUGUCUUUAUAAGGGGUCCAAGCACCACUGUGUCUAUAAUGCCUUCUGUUCAUUGUUUUAAUUUUUGCCAGCACUUGAAAGCAAAUUUGUCAUUCUUCUAUCCACAGGCAAUGAUCCGAAAGGGGAUAGCCUUUGGGUUUUUUUUCUUUUUUUUCUUUUUUUUUUCUCUUUUUUUUUUUUCUUUUGACAGUUUUAAUAUGAUAUUUCUGUCGGCUAAACAGACUGAGCAUGUUUUGUUCAACACAUUGAUUGUUUCUUGUUUGCUACACACUGCUUGGUCCCCAGCCUCGAUGCUUGCAGCUAUAUACACAUACAUAUAUAUUUUUAUUUUGCCUCUUAGCCUGAAAUUUUUGAAUAUGGAAAAUCUUAGUUGAUUCUUUUGUUUUAAAGCGAAGUUAUAACAGAUUUUUUUAAUUCAUGAAUUUUUUACUUUACAUUCCUAUGCCACAAUGCUGAAAUUCUAAUAAAGGAAUGUACUUCAGUAUUA